AAGUACCCGACCCAUUUUGCUGGAGCUUGAAAAAAGACCUCAACGUCCAUUGCCGAUUCCCCGUCCACGACGCCUCGACCCCGACCCAUUGCACCUCACCACCCGCACCGCCAUGGCUCCUCUCACGAUCGCCUCCCGUGCCCUGGCACGCGGAGUCUCGAGAUCGGCCGCCUGUCUCAAUGCCGCCCGCACGCUUUCCACCUCUGCACCGCUCCAGGAUGGCGCUUCCUACUCGAGCCCCUUCAAGGGCGAGUCCAAGACCACCAAUAUUCCCGACUUCAGCCACUACGUCAACAAGAACAGCACCAAAACAAACCUGCUCUUCUCCUAUUUCAUGGUCGGGACAAUGGGCGCCAUCACCGCCGCUGGCGCCAAGUCCACUGUCCAAGAAUUCCUAAAGAACAUGUCCGCCUCCGCCGAUGUCCUGGCAAUGGCCAAGGUCGAAGUUGACCUCAACGCUAUCCCCGAAGGCAAGAACGUCAUCAUCAAGUGGCGAGGAAAGCCCGUCUUUAUCCGACACAGGACAUCCGGCGAGAUCGAUGAGGCCAACAAGGUCAACGUUGCCUCGCUACGAGACCCUCAAGCCGAUGAGGACCGUGUACAAAAGCCCGAAUGGCUAGUCAUGUUGGGUGUCUGCACACAUCUGGGUUGUGUACCUAUUGGCGAGGCUGGUGACUAUGGUGGUUGGUUUUGCCCUUGCCAUGGCUCUCACUACGAUAUCUCCGGACGUAUAAGGAAAGGUCCUGCUCCUCUUAACCUCGAAAUUCCUGCGUAUGACUUCCCCGAGGACGGCAAACUUGUGAUUGGUUAAACCGCGCUGUACGAAUACCACGCUAUCAAUUUUAAAUGGAAUAGACAAUGGCGAGAAGGGGACAUUCGCAACGCACUCUCUAGAUUUUUUC